UCCUCCCGCUGCUGUUCUAAUCUCUACUGUAGCGUGUUUAUCACCGGAGGUCCUCCUCCUCCUCCUCCUUCUCCUGCCACCGCAACCUCUCUCUCUCCUCUAUCUUUAGCUCUGUAACGUUACCACACAGGCAGCGGCUUAACACUCUUCUUGAGUGGACGCUCCAAUCUUUAUUCGGGUCAGGUUGUCUCUCUCGGUAGUGUACGUCCAUCCGCCCCACACAGAUGUGGGAAUGACACUCCGGAGCUUUUAUCUGCUGUCCUGGACUUGAGAAGAGCAGUUAAGGAUGUUGUUUUGCCCCAGCCGGAGCGCACGGCGAGCCCGGGCCUCCCUCCUCCUGCCCGGGGUCUUGAUCUGCGUAAUCUUCGCCGCCGUCGGUGCGAGUAUGCCGGCAAACAAGUGCCCCGAUCACAUAGACUGUGCCAGAAAGGGGCGGCACUUUUGCAAGCCUGGCUCCUCCCACUGUGGCUCCUGCCUCUCCCCAUUGGAGGAAGAUAAAGCGGGACAUUGUGUUGCUCCCAGGACACACUUUCUCCAGCACCACCACCAAGCCUCUCAUCCUGACGUGGAUGAAGAAAUCGACUAUCUGUCCUCCGUCAUUUCCAAGCAGCAAAUGUCAGAAGUCAAACAGCCAGACCCUCGCUCACAGUCUCCUCUGCAGUCCCAGUCCGAAUCGAAGCAGAAGAGUCUGCACAAACCCCCAGCUGUAGAACCAACGACCAGCGGUCCAUCCACACCAACACACCAGACCCCUAAAUCUCCCCAGCCGGUCACAAACUCGUCCGACCGCCACGGGCCGAUCAUCUCCCCCAACUCCUCCAGAGACAGCCUGCUAGUCUUGAUGGUCUCUUUAUGCAUUAUUGUGGGGUCCGUGGCGCUCAUCAUCGCUGCUGUCUGCUGGAUCAGGUUACAAAGAGAAACUCGUCUGGCUCAAAAAGUUGAUUACCCUGCGUUUCAUGCUGCUGGUCCCAAUCAUAAUCAUACUUCAUCUGGGGAUAAAACCCUGGCUCACAGUGCUCAGAUGUAUCACUACCAGCAUCAGAAACAACAGAUGCUCUCGAUGGAGAAACAUAAAGCAGAACCUAAAGUCUCCGAGUCUGGGGCCACAUCAGAUGAGGAGAAUGAAGUGGGAGAUUUCACUGUGUACGAGUGCCCUGGACUAGCACCGACUGGAGAGAUGGAGGUGAAAAACCCCUUGUUUGACGACUCCACCUUACACUCCCAGAGAAAUCACAAGUGACCUGGACACACACACACACACACCUGCAUACUUUUAGAAUUGGUCUAACACACCUAAAAGCAUUCCUCCAUAGGGUGAAGCUGCAUAUGUCACACUACACACAAAUCAAAAUAAUAUGACUCUGUUUUUCCUGGAAAAUCUGUGCUCAGAACUAAGUGAGAAAAACACCCAAACUCUAAAGAUACUGAAGUUAAUAAAAGUAAAAGUAAAUUUAAGACAGCGGUGUUUGAAAGGUUUUGGUUUUGGGUUGGUUUUCUCUCAUUAGCUUUUUAUGUCACAUCCCUUUUAAAACCAUUUCUCUUUAGAGUCUUGUUAGGAAUCUUUACUUUCAGCUAGAUGUAUUUCUUUUAACAGGUCUUCGUGUUUUUGGGCGAAGCUGCCUCCAAAAGCACCUCUUCUUCUUAUUGUGAAAUACACAGUGCUCUCUCACACAUUUACUUGUGUUACUUGUCUCUCCUUAUCUGAGUAU